UGGAGCGAGAGCGCGCACUCAGAGAAGAGAGGACGGGCGCGAGGCAAUACCAGGAGCGGGAAAUGAGAUCCUAUGACAGUCCAGCUGUUUGUGUGUGGAAAUGUUUUUUGUUUUUUUUUAAUAACCUGAGCAGUUUUUCAUUUGACGUAUUUGCUACAUUUUUAUAAAUAGUAACGAACAUCCGCCCUUGCUGUUGCUACUGAGCACAAUUCAUGAAGAGGAUGCCUUUUUACGUCGACGCUAUUUGCUGCUAAAUGUAAGGGAGGAUGUGUCGGAACAAUGUCGAAGGAAGAUAUGCAGCCAUGACAGGAGGGCACUGUGAAGUAUAGACAACGAUAAAGGUCCACACAAGGUCUACGGAUCAUAUUUAUCCUUGGCGUGUAUUUUUCCUCCCCGGCAUUCAUCGGGGGCUAUCUACACACACACAAGGCCGACAGCCCGUGGCGUCCGUGGGCACCGUGGGAAUGAUGGUACCAACGUGACGCACAAGUGCAGCGGGGACGGCAUCGGGGUGGACGGGAAAGGAGGGUGUGAGGUCUAUCAAGGGUGGACGCCCAGUUGCUGUUGGACCUCUAAUGACUGCUUCACUGUCUGUUGUAAUACACAGCCACCACUGCCGAGUGAAUAUAGCAUUGAUUUUCAUGCAACGGGCAGUGUAGUGGGGGGGUGUGGGGACAGCAGAAAAACGUGAGGAUGGAGACGCAGUGAGCUAGGAGGAGGAAGAGGAUUGACGGCUCUUCUAACACGGCUGGUGGUGUGACGUCUAAAGUCUUCCUUCCCAGCAUGGCGGUGUCAUUGUGGCUCUUCGCCGUGUGUGUGCUCACUUUGGCUCACAUUGCCCCCUCCAGCCAAGCCAUGUCUCGGGCCGCUAUGCCAUUUGGGUUGUUGCGCAGGGAACUGGCAUGUGAGGGUUAUCCCAUUGAGCUUCGUUGUCCAGGAAGUGACGUGGUGAUGGUGGAAACCGCCAACUAUGGACGCACUGACGACAAGAUUUGUGAUGCAGAGCCCUUUCAGAUGGAGAACACACAGUGUUACCUUCCUGAUGCAUUGAAGAUAAUGGCCCAGAGGUGUAACAACAGGACGCAGUGUGUGGUGGUUGCAGGGGUGGAUGUCUUCCCAGAUCCUUGUCCUGGAACAUACAAAUACCUGGAGAUCCAGUAUGAGUGCGUCCCUUACAAAGUGGACCAAAAAGUUUUCGUCUGUCCCGGAUCACUGCUCAGCAUCCAGUCACCUUCCUCCGUGCUGGAGGCGGAGCAUCAAUCGGGGGCGUGGUGUAAGGACCCCCUGCAGGCUGGUGACAGACUAUAUGUCAUGCCAUGGACACCCUAUAGGACCGAGGUGCUGUACGAGUAUGCUUCCUGGGACGACUACCGGCAGAAUCGAGUCACUACUACAUAUAAGUUGCCAAGCCGCGUGGACGGUACAGGCUUUGUGGUAUACGACGGUGCCGUGUUUUACAACAAAGAACGCACACGCAACCUGGUCAAGUACGACCUGCGAACUCGCAUUAAGAGCGGAGAGGCAGUGGUGGUCAAUGCCAACUACCAUGACACGUCACCUUACCGCUGGGGAGGGAAGUCAGACAUUGAUCUGGCGGUGGAUGAGAACGGCCUCUGGGUGAUCUACUCCACUGAAGCUAAUAACGGACGCAUCGUGGUCAGCCAGGUGAACCCGUACACGUUGCGUUUCGAGGGAACAUGGGCCACCGGCUUUGACAAGCGUGGGGCGAGCAACGCCUUCAUGGCCUGUGGCGUGCUCUAUGCAGUGCGCUCAGUCUUCCAGGAUGAUGAGGGGCAAGCAGAUGGAAGAGUCGGCAACGACAUGGUGGUGUACGCUUAUGACACCAGCCGGGGCCAGGAGCUGCCGGUUCAGAUUCCGUUCCCCAACCCCUACCAGUACAUCUCUUCCAUAGACUACAACCCCCGAGACAACCAGCUGUAUGUGUGGAAUAACUACUACGUUUUGAGAUAUCCGCUACAGUUCACCCCACCACCACCCACUAAAGGUCCCCUUUCUUCUCUCAUGACGACCGUCCGCUCUUACACGGCAACAGUGGCGUUGAGUCCGGUGCGGCCAUCAGCCUCCCAUCCAGUGGGGGUCAUCAACCGUGGGCCUUUUGAUCGGCCGAUCACAGCCAUGGUACCCCUGACGCCUCGUCCCCCUUUGCGUGUCCCCUUGGCUCCAGGGGGGCCUGGGCAAGUGGGUGGAUGUGAAGGAAGAGUGGCACGAGGGGUACAGUGGCCCCCCACUCUGAAAGGGGAGACAGUAGAGAGGCCCUGCCCCAAAGGCUCACUGGGUAUCGCAUCCUACCAAUGCAUGCUUUCUCCGGUGAGCUGGAGCUCCAGAGGUCCUGACCUCUCUAACUGCACCUCUCCUUGGGUCAGCCAGAUUUCACAGAAGAUCAAAAGUGGAGAGAACGCAGCAAACAUAGCCGGAGAGCUGGUCAACCUGACCCGUGGGCGGAUCUAUGCAGGUGAUGUUAGCAUGUCUGUCAAGCUAAUCGAACAACUACUGGACAUUUUGGACUCCCAGCUGCAAGCAUUGAGACCAGCCAAUAAAGAGUCUGCAGCACGGAACUACAACAAGUUGCAAAAGAGGGAACGCACAUGUCGUGCUUAUGUGCAGGCCGUGGUCCAGACAGUAGAUAACUUGUUGGGUCCGGAGGCGUUGGUGUCUUGGGCUGACAUGAGCGGUCCUGACCAGUCCCGCUCUGCAUCACUUCUGUUAGAUGCAGUUGAGAAAGGAGCUUUUCUAUUGGCUAACAACCUCUAUGAAGGCAGAUUCAGUGACAGAGCACCAAAUGUUGAUCUGGAGGUGUAUGUGCUAAAUACAGAGGCGGACAUACAGGACUUAACAUUCCCUCACUCCUACGACAGUGACAGUAUCCUGCAGAUCUCAGCAGUGGCUCUGCAGCAGUACAGCAAUAAUGGCCAAGUGAAGUUGGUCCUCUCUCUGUUUAAGAACCUGGGCUCCUUUCUUACCACGCAAAACUCCACCCUGCGACUUGGCCUUGGACUUGGCCAGGGGUCAGAAGUCAGGCGUCGAAGCCUGGUGGUCAACACCCAUGUCAUCUCUGCUUCUGUGCACAGAGGCUCCAAUAGAGUAUUCCUCUCUGAACCGGUGGUCUUCACUCUCAGACACCUGCAGCAGGAGAACCACUUUGGUCCCAACUGCUCUUUUUGGAAUGCAUCAGGGGUUUCUGGGAGUGGCAGGUGGUCCACACAGGGAUGCCGUCUGUUACAUACCAACAACACACAUACAACCUGUGCCUGCAACCACCUGUCCAGCUACGCUGUCCUCAUGACCUAUCAGCAACCUGCUUCUGGUGUGGGAGUAGAGGAGCUUCUGGUCUAUGUUGUCUCCUGGGUGGGCAUCUCUGUGGCUCUGGUGUGUUUGGCCACCUGUCUUACUACCCUCUGCUGCCAGGGGGCGCCCUGGCACACUGACCACAGCACCAUCCACUGCAACCUGUGGGCCAACCUGCUCAUCACUGAGCUUCUCUUCCUCGUCGGAGCUAACAAGACACAAUACACAGUUGUGUGUUCCAUCAUUGCCGGUCUGCUGCACUUCUCCUUGCUCUCUGUCUUCUGCUGGUUAUGUUUGGAAGGAGUGGAACUAUACAUUUUGCAGCGUGAGGUGUUUGAGGGACGUAACUCCAGGAGGAAGUAUUUCUACCUGAGUGGCUACUCUGUACCUGGGCUGGUGGUAGCUGUGUCUGCAGCCAUUGACUUCAGAGGCUACGGCUCAAAAACGGCUUGCUGGCUGCGAACCGACAAUUACUUUAUUUGGAGUUUCCUUGGACCCGUGGGUGUAGUUAUCACAAUCAACCUUAUUAUCUUAGUGAUGACCUUACAUAAAAUGCACAGCACCGCUGCCCUGAAGCCAGACUCCAGUCGCCAUGACAACCUUAGGGCGUGGGCAGUGGGCUCGCUGACGCUGCUCUUCCUGCAGAGUGUCAACUGGUCCUCAGGUCUGAUGUUCUUAUCGGCGCCAUCUCUCCUCCUGGCUUACCUCUUUGCUUCCCUCAAUACGGCCCAGGCCGUCCUCAUCACCAUUUUGCACUGCACCCUCGCCAGGAAGGGUCAGAAAGACUACGGCCGAUGUCUUCAUCUCUCCCAGUGCUGUGCAACGUCCUCGUCCAGCUCUCCUGACUCGGUAAAGGGUGCUGCUUUGCGUUCCAACAGCCGCUACAGCAGCAGCCAAGCCCGACGAGCCACAGCGAAUAGACAGAGUCGUAUUAGGAGGAUGUGGAAUGACACAGUUCGAAGACAGACAGAGUCAUCUUUCAUCGCGGCUGAUGUGAACAGCACCCCGACUCUUAACAGAGCUGCAUUAGGGAAUCAUUUCCUGACCAAUCCCGUGCUGCAGACUCAUGCUGGGGCAUCUCCUUAUGACACCAUGCUGGCACAGGGAUAUAAUCAACCCUUCACCGCCACAGUGGGAACCUUCCGAAACAAGAAAGUUGGUGUGUCGCAGAGCCAGGAGUCCUGCGGUUUGGACAGCGUCUGUCUCAAUGGCGGCUACACCCCCAAUACCUUCACCCUACAUGGUCUCGGCUCCACACCUGGAUCUCGAGCCGGAGUGGUGGGCAGCACUGACCUACUGAGGGAAGGAGGCGUCGGGAUGGGAGGCGAUGACAUAUCCCCUGCCUUGCUGACCCCGCAUGGUGCCGCAGAUCUGGGCAACGGUGCCGGAAUGCGUCGUAAUCUGUCCGAUGCGGCGGCGCUGGAGAAGAUGAUCAUCUCUGAGCUGGUUCAGAGCAACCUGAGGCCUCCGGGUGACAUGCCUGUCCCGCCUGAACGCUACGGAAGCCUGGCGAGGCCUCAUCAUCUGGACAGAACGGCCCAUGCUCACGCUGCCACGCUGACUCGGCACACACAGCAGCCGCAGGAGGGCUGGGCGGCCACCAUGCAGCCCACCACUCGGCACAACGCACAAGAGGGUUGGCCGCAUCUAAGGCACCUACAAGGAACGGAGACACAUUCCAUAUCACAUGAUCAAGAUCACGCAACAACGCCACGCUUACAAGAUGGCUGGUCACACUCGCACACUCCUGGAGAUUGUGAGUCCCGGGAGCUGCUCAAAGAAGGGGAGAGGUUGCAGCUGCAAGGCACUCUGGGCCGUCGCGGACUCCAGGAGAGGCAACAAGCCCGUCCUCCCGAUGUUCAAGCUCGACCCUACUCCACGCUCAGCCGCACUCCGGGUACCCUGUCCCGCCACCGCAGCACAGCCGAAUCAAGCGGUGGGAUGGAGCGAGACAGGGAACGAGACCGGGAUCGUUACCGUGACAGACCUUUGCCUCCUCCUCCUCCUCCUCCCCCGCAGGAGUCGGAGCCCCUGUACAAAGCUCUGGAGGAACCGUUGCUGAUGAAACAAAGAGAGGCGAGUGUCGAUGCAUGGCGAAGUGGGCAGGAGCGAGACAAGGAGGAGAGCUUUCUCCUAAAACGAGAUGGACUGAUGGACAACUGGAGGGGAAGCAGCAACAAAGCAAGAGAGGAUUCUUUUAGCUCUCAAAAGAGAGACGGAGACAUGGCUGAGUGGAGAGGUGGAAUGGAGAGAGCAAGGGAGGAACCUCAUCUCCUGGAGAAGAGAGAUGGGAGAAUGGACGCGUGGCGAGGAGCAGCGCAGACCGACCAGGAAGAAACUUUCAUCACUCAAAGAAAAGAUUUUGGGAUUGAUGGCUGGAGAGGUGGCAUGGAUAGAGACAAGGACAGAGAUACCUGGAGGGCGGGACUUGAAAGAGAGAAUGACAAACAGAAAGACAGAGCGCUGGAUGUGUGGCGUGGAGGAGUGGACGUAGACAGGGACGAGUCCUUCCUGUUUGAGAGCAACGACGGGGGUCUUGAUGGGCGGAAAAGAGGAAAAGAUAGAGGUUCUCUCAGGUACCACGGAGACCGAGAGGAUUCAGACGGCUUUACUCUGCCUUUGACCCCUGAUCUUGACCUCGACCCCGAUUCCUCACCAAUAUAUGCUCGAGAUUCAAACCCCUCGCCGCUGUACCCCGGAGACCACCGCUCACCACCUCUCAGUAUCUUCCCACGAAGCUCUCCCCCGACCAAUAUCUUCGCUCCUCGAGACACGAAUUCUCCUCCCAAAAAUCUCUAUUCCCGCCACUCCCCCCAGGUGUACAGUCGCAGUAGCUCCCCUCCUCGCUUCUACACUCGCACCUCCCCUCCUACUCUCUCCUACCCUGACAGCAGCCCAGAAGGUCCAGAGGAGGUCAGCCCCACCAGUCCGCCUCAGAGAGCUGCCCUGGAGCUUCCAUACAGCCUUGGGAGACCCCCUCUAGGCCCGAGGCCCAAUCACCUGCAGACCUUCUACCAGCCACCGCCACCAACAAGUAACGGAGAAGCGAUGUACACAUCCGAGCCCACUUCGGAACCCACUUCCGAAGGAGAAGACGGUCAGAUGCAGCGGGUGACGAGUCUGUGACUAGGGCGGUGGUGAUCGGGGCAUAGGAACCGGGGAGGGGGCGGGGGGUAAGGAGGCAAGCGCAACCAUCGCUGUCGACAGUAAGGAUAAUGAUGCAGCUCAAGUAGCUGACGAUGCUGGAUGAUGAAAGUAAUGAUGAUGUCACAGUUGGCUCCUCCCUGCUUCUAUCUCCCGAUCACCACAAGACUCCCCCCCCCCCUUUUCUCCAUCUUUUGUUACUUUUCUAGAACUCAUCGGUCUUGAAUCUUCCCCUUUGCUGUCAUUUCCCGAACCCUGCUGUGUCUUCCCGCUUCAUCAGUGCUUAAUUGGAAUUGGCUCAUCAUCUGACCGUCUGUGGGUCCACUGGGCCCGGGUGUCGCCCCUCCUUGUAGCAAGAGAAGAGUGUUGUAACAGAAAGAAAGCACUUGUGUGUUGCCAAAAAAAAAAAUCCUAUCAAAGAACACAUGCAUGACUUUCUAGUGGCUUUUAAAAGGCCGCGCAUACUCUAAGAGGAAAGCGCAAAAGUGCGAGUGUGUGUGUAGCUUGAUGAGCAUGCGUGUGCGCAAGGUGUGUGUGUGUGUGCGCGUGUGUAAGAUAAUGUCUGUAUAUAAAUCAUUUACGAUUAUGAUUUAUAAUUAAUGUAUCACAUGUGAAGCAUUUUAUCAAUGUCAGCAAAGGCGGGGCCUCUUACGUACCUGCCCCAUCGUCCGGUUUUCAACUUGUUCCAUCACAUCAAAACCAAAACUUGACCUCCAGCGAGAGAACCCUUUUGCCGUGGAGUUGUCAUAGCAGCAGAACUCUUGUCUCUAGAGCCGAUCAUGUGAAACCUCAGAACUUUUUCUGCAAGCCCUGAUGACCUUGUACAUACGACCCUCAAGUGUUCUAAUUGUCUUGUAUUGCUAUUGAAGUUCAAGUAAACACGUGAAUUCAAUCCCGGGGUCCUGU